GCAGACCUGUAGGUAGAGUUUUAAACGAUCAUUUGUUUUCCCAAAAAAAAAACAAAGUUAUUUCUGUUCUUAUCAUACCAUCACCAUCAUCUUCUUCAUCGUUAUCUUGUAAAGUUGGUUGAAAUUUCAUAUUUUGAUCCAAUCAUAUAUUUCUCAUCUCUCCCCUUUUCCACUCCAUAACUUACAACUAACAUCCCAUUCCCAUUUUAUGUACAGAGGAGAGAAACAGAUCAACAAUCAUACGACCACAUCUCUCUCCCUACCAAUUUCAAUGGAACAUUUGAAGCCAACUCCUGCUAAUUCCUCUCCCCUGACUCCAAUUGGUUUUCUUGAAAGAGCUUCUCUCAUCUAUGCUGAUUCUCCCUCCAUCAUCUACAGCUCCACCACCUUUACUUGGUCCCAAACCUACCGCCGAUGUCUUCGACUCGCUUCCUCUCUUUCUUCCAUUGGUAUUCACAAAGGUCAUGUUGUUUCUGUUAUCGCUCCCAACACUCCCCCCAUGUACGAGCUUCAGUUUGCUGUUCCCAUGGCUGGUGCCAUCCUUAGCUGUAUCAAUCUUCGCCUUGAUGCUCGAACUAUCUCUGUUCAACUGCGCCACAGUGAGUCCAAGCUUCUCUUCGUUGAUCAAGCCUCUUCUGGCUUAAUUUCUGAUGCCUUGGCCUUGUUUCCGCCUGAGGCGAAACGACCCUUGCUUGUUCUCAUAUCUGAUGAUGCUGCUGUUGAGGAUUCGGCGUCGUCUGUUGCGAUUGGAGGCGAUGUUGUUGAUUUGUAUGAGGACAUGGUUCAGAAAGGGGAUCCUGAGUUUCGAUGGAUACGGCCGGUGAGUGAGUGGGAUCCGAUCGUUAUGAACUACACUUCUGGAACUACGUCAUCGCCAAAGGGAGUGGUUCAUAGUCAUAGAGGAAUUUUUACGGUGACGCUUGAUUCACUUAUCGAAUGGGGCGUUCCUAAGCAUUCGGUUUAUUUAUGGACCUUACCGAUGUUUCAUGCUAAUGGAUGGAGUUUCCCUUUUGCAAUUGCUGCUGUCGGAGGCACAAAUAUUUGCAUUAGAAAAUUCGACGCAGCCUUAAUCUUUUCUUUGAUUAAUCGCCAUCAUGUGACACACAUGUGUGGAGCUCCAGUGGUGCUCAACAUGCUAACUAACUCCCCUAACAAUCGACCACUUGAACGACCAGUUAAGAUUCUCACCGCCGGAGCGCCACCUCCUGCAGCAGUUCUAUUACGAACAGAGUCAUUGGGGUUUGACGUUAGCCAUGGGUACGGAUUGACAGAGACCGGGGGGUUGGUAAUAUUUUGUUCGUGGAAGUUAGAAUGGAAUCAAUUGCCGGCGACGGAGCGUGCACGAUUGAAGGCACGACAAGGGGUGCGAACUCUAGCAAUGGCAGAGGCAGAUGUGUUGGAUUCAGGGACUGGAAAAAGAGUACAAAGAGACGGAGUUUCAAUUGGAGAGAUUGUUAUAAGAGGGGGAUCAAUGAUGCUUGGGUAUUUUAAAGACCCGGAAGCAACUAAAAAAGCAAUGACAGAGGAGGGGUGGUUCUUCACGGGAGAUGUUGGGGUGAUGCAUCCAGAUGGGUAUUUGGAGAUAAAGGACAGAUCGAAGGAUGUGAUUAUAAGUGGUGGAGAGAAUUUGAGUAGUGUGGAAGUGGAAUCAGUUCUGUACACGAAUCCAGCAGUGAAUGAGGCAGCGGUGGUGGCGCGGCCAGAUGAGUUCUGGGGAGAGACCCCAUGUGCAUUUGUGAGCCUGAGAGAAGGACUGACUCGGGUGCCUACAGAGGAGGAAAUUAUUGAGUAUUGUAAAGGAAAGUUAGCAGGGUUUAUGGUGCCAAAGACGGUGGUUUUCAUGGAGCAGUUGCCGAAGACCUCAACUGGAAAGAUCCAGAAGUUUUUAUUAAGAGAAAUGGCUAAGUCAAUGGGAUGUUCACCAAAAAGCCGGUUGUAGAAGGACACCAAUAUUAUGUUAAGGAUGAGGAAUAAAUGUUAUCCACUUCCACUUCCACUUCCACUUCCACUUCCCCAUAUAAUUGUUCUUAAAUCAUUGCCCAUCCAUCCAAAUUUGUUUGCUUUAGAGUUCAAUGUUUUCUUGGAAUGUUAUUCAUACUUUUGCUCAUCUGCUUUUUUUUAAUAACCCACUGUUUGAACA